UGGUGGGGGGGAGGGGUGGACAGAGCCCGAUAGACCUCCAACGCAUGGCUGGAAAUCAGGCUCUGAACUGAGAUGCAACGGGGAAUUUCUAAGGGCCAAAUGAACAAACUUUCCCAGCAGGGAUGUCCCAUUCUCAGGGAUGAUGUCAUGAGGAAGCCAGCCCAACUGAAGGCAUGAGUAAAGAAAACCUCCUGUACAUCUCUGAGUAUUUUUCUCAGAGUGCCCAGAAGCUGUCCUCCUACAGCUGGUAUGGGAACGCCAAACUCUUCCGCUUCCAGGUGCCGGAGGACACUGUUCUGCUGCGCUGGCUCCUGCAGGCGUCCAAGGGGAAAGGACCUGAGUGCACCAGUACGGAGAUCACCAUCCACUUCAGUCAUGGAGCCCCUCCCGUCAUUAACCCACUGGGCACUCGGUUUCCCUCAAAUGCAACUGUCCGCCCAUCCUACAACCUAACCAUGACUCUGAGCGUCACUCUGCAGAACAGCACCUUUGUGAACAUCACCACCCCAGCUGCCGGAGACUGGUUCAUCGCUGCGCACCUGCCUCAGGCUGCAGGCAAGAUCGAAGUGAAGGGUUUCUCCACUCCAUGCGCCUAUAUAUUCCAGCCGGACAUGUUUGUGUUGAGACUUGUUGAUGUCCCUGUCCUGCAGCCGGACACUCCCCUGCAGCAAACCAUUGCCUCUCCUGCUAGGCCACUGCAUGUCAAGAUCUUCAUCCCUGAGUACACUGCCACGAUGCAGUUCACACUGCGGAGCUGUGUGGUGAACAGCACAAAGGCGUGUGCCAUCCGGGUCGUGCUGGGCUCCAUCAUGCUGCCGCAGUCCUUCCAGAAAACCCUCAGCUGCAAGGGGACAGCGGAUUGCAGCCUGGUCCUCCAUUCGCCCCCAUGGGAGAAGUGGCUGCAGAUCAUGGCAGAGAAUCUGGGCACCGCCAAUGCCAGCGUCUCCUUUGAGAUGAUUGCCUCCUUCACAGCUUGCAAGCCGGGGAGCAGCAAUUCAUUCCUUAACUUCUACAACAACCUGAAUCAGAACCAGAGCACUCCAGCCCUGGGUGGGGGUCGCAAUGCCAGCACCCUGGGAAUGUUGGGGAACACCACUCUACCCGCAGUGGGUGCUGCAAACAAUGCGUCCGACCCAGGGACCUUCUGCCUUCAGAAUCAGCCUGUCAUCCGUGAGGACCUGGACGUUGCCUCUGCGAGGUUCAGAAUUAUAAAUGGGCCCAGCAUUCCUGUCCACUCUGAAUUCCCCACGCUUCUCCUCUUCAACUUGAAUACUGGCAUGGACAGUGGAGGCACCCUGGUGGUGAACCUGCUGCUGAAUGAGACUUCCCUGAGCAUAGGCAAUGCUAGCGUGUUCGCGUGCGUGAGUGCUGCCUCUCCAGUGCUGAUCCUCAACACCACACGGAACUGCAGCACAGCUUUUUUCCAGGGCUACCCUCUAAACGUGAAUGCGUCCUCCACAGAAGCAACGCUGAUUAUUCCCUAUCCAGAGACUGACAACUGGUUCCUUUCUCUGCAGCUCAUGUGCCCACAGGGCCAGGGGGAAUGUAACAAAGCGAAAGCCAAAGUGACCGUCUCCACAUACCUCACCCCCUGCUUCGACGACUGUGGGACAUAUGGACAGUGCAGUCUUCUGAGAAGACAUGGCUACCUCUACGCAGGCUGCAGCUGUAAAGCUGGUUGGAGUGGAUGGAGCUGCACUGAUAACACUAAAGCCCAGUCUGUCGGCUCACAGAAUCUGGCCACCCUUCUGCUCACGCUCAGUAACCUCAUGUUCCUGCCAGCCAUUGCAGUUGCUCUGUAUCGGUACUACCUGGUGGAGGCUUCUGUUUACACCUACACCAUGUUUUUCUCCACGUUCUACCAUGCGUGUGACCAGCCAGGAGUCGCUGUGAUGUGCAUCAUGGAUUACGACACUCUGCAGUACUGCGACUUCCUGGGCUCCGUAGUCGCCAUUUGGGUGACGAUCCUGUGUAUGGCCCGAGUGAAGAAAAUCUUAAAAUACGUUCUCUUUGUGCUGGGGACCCUGUUAAUUGCCAUGUCCCUGCAGCUGGACCGCAGAGGGAUUUGGAACAUGAUGGGCCCCUGUCUUUUUGCUCUCAUCAUCAUGAUCAUGGCAUGGGUUUACCAUGGAGUGAAGCGCCGCCAUUGCUACCCCACCUCAUGGAAGCGCUGGGUUUUCUACCUCAUUCCAGGGAUCAUCUUGGCUUUUGUCGCCAUCUCGGUGUAUGCAUUCAUGGAAACCAAUGACAACUACUAUUACACGCACAGCAUCUGGCACAUCCUGGUGGCCAGCAGCGUGGCUUUCCUACUCCCGCCUCAUGACAAGCAUAAGAACCCCUGGGCCUGGUCACAGAAGCUCAUCUGUCGCUAUCAGAUAUGCAAAAAUGACCGUGAGGAGCUCUAUGCGGUGACCUGAGUCGGGCUGGCGUGCAGGGCUACAGGCCAGUGGGAUGGAGGACUUGCUUGGGCCCCUCUUCUCCAGAUGAGUGAGAACUGCCACCUGUGCAUACUCAGAACUCAGUAAUGCACUUGUUAGCUAGCCAGGGCAGCACAAUGGCUGGGCCUCUGCCUCUGGGGAAAAUGGUGACAAGUCCCCACACCCUUCCACGGGAUAGGGAGAGGCUUUUAAUGUUUUUUUAAAUAAAGAAAGGAAUAGCCUGCAACCACAUGCCACCAAAAAGAUGAGAGCUCCAUUCCCUUCUGGCCAUGGCAGCUGGUCUGGGGCUCACUGUUACCUACCAUAGUGAGGGCUCUGGCACCAGAGCUCCUCUCCAGAUGCCAACUCCUCGCAGAGGACUCCAGGAUGGUGCCUGGCUUUGUUUCCACUAGGAGUUCCUGUGGUCUCACCUCGCUUUGCCAUGGAAAGGGCAACUACCCCAGCUGUGCAUGAGCUGGAGCUGGUGGCCUCCUUCAGCAAGACAUGUCUCUCUCAUCUUGGCAGUACUGGGGAGCUGCCCAUCCCAAAGCAAAACUAUGGAAAUAGAGGCACACCGUGUCCAUGUGUUCUAGAAUUAGCUGCCCCUUUCUCCAUCUCCAUAAUAUGCUCAAGGGUUUGAGUCCAUCACAUCCUGCUUUGCAUUAGGGGAAUAAUAACUGACGUGGAAAUUCUGCCACUGAAGAACCAAACCCCAGAUCAGGCUACUGUUUUCACUCCUGUUCCUAUCAAGUGUCAGGUCAGCAGCUGCUGGAGUUUGUUUAAACGCCCUUGGCGGCUAUAGCAGUUCUUGUGAUUGCAGUAAGUAGUUGAGAGAACAUAGAUGAGUCCUGGAUAGGGGGUCUGUCUUACAGAGGGGGGCAGAAUGAGACACUAACGUCCCAUGUAUUGGAUAGCUGUGUCUUGUUCAACAUGGCAGGACAAAUUUUCAACCUGGCCUUAACUAGGCCUCCCUUUCCACAGGUUGAAUCAUUUGCAUCCACAGCUGAGAUCAUGCCCAGGGCUGUCCGUACCCAUACACAAAGUACCAGCUGCGUAGGGCACCAGGAAAUUUCCUGGUGCCCUGCACAGCUACGUGCUGCUCUAGCCCCUGCUCCAGCUCUUCCCUAGGGCUCCUGCCCCUGUUCCGCCCCUUCUCUGCCCCACCCCCACUCCCCUGAGGACUCCAGAAGCGGUGAGGCCUGCACUCACCGGUAAGUAGAGCAACUCGGCCCCAGCCUGCUCCACUCCCCUGGCUCCCAGCUGCGCUGCCGGCGAGUGCUGGGGAGCAGUUCCCCCCACCCCCCAAGCCUGGGAGCCAGGGGAGCAUAGCAAGCUGGGGCCGGGUCACUCCACUUCCCGCAGGAGGUGGCCAUCCCCCUCUCAGCCCCCCGCAGAGGCCUGGAGCAGGGCCCCACACAGCCCCCCUGGGGCCGAGGGACUCCCCUGAUCAUGUCGAUGUCAAAGUGCAUGUACCAACGAGGGGAUCAGACACCUCCUCAAACUAAACUGCAGGGGCUAAACUGCAACUGCAGCUAUUUGUGUGCAGUUUGUGUCACGCAAAAGGAGGUCAGUGCCUGAACAUCUGGCCUGGUGGAUGUUCAACGUAUGUGACCUCUGGCUUUUCCCUCAGGGAUGCUGACUAUUUCAUACUUAGGCCUGAUGUGAGUAGAGUGUUGUAUACAAUAUGGAGUCUGACUGCUAUUUGACAUCAAGGAUCCUUCCUUCAUGAUGAUCAGCUGCAGAGGAAGACAGCAAAGACUGUUUAAAACAUGUGGUUGGGAGAAGGGAAGAGUAAGAGCUGUUAAUUAAGGGCACUUUCUCUGGGUAAGAUUAUUUGGCUUUUGAAAAGUAGCCCAGCAUUUUGCCUGCUGCUUACAGUCUCAAACUUUACCCUUCUCUAGCAACUAAUCCAGCCACCAGCUAAUUUAAAGUUCCAACAAACUCUCUUCGGGGGGCUGGACUGGAUUUGGUGCAGGUAAAUCUGGGGAAGACCUGCAAGCUGAGUUGACCUGCAUCUUGAUCCUGGAGUAGAAGCAGAGACGAGAACUUCACAUUGGUUGCCAUAUUUCUUUACAAAUUAAUUUUUUCAAACAGAUAUACAGAUGAGUGAAUAACACUCAUUGUACCUAGAUGAAAAAGCCACUGAUGGAAGGAAAAAAAUGGUUAUGGCUGCAGGCUGUUUAGAAACACUUGCAUCUCUUCACUCCGUGCUACAGGUAAUGUGAAUUUAUAUGGAAGAUGCUGAGCAGUAACACUAAGUGUUGUGGUAGUCUGACUUUUUAGUUGUUCCAAGCAACAUGAAGACAGGACUUUUAUAUUGAUAUAUAAUGUCCCAAAUCCACUGGCCUUUGUUAUUCUGCUAUAGGCUUGGAUCUCUGUCUUAUUGUUCCUUUCACUUCCUGUAGCAAUGCUCUUGUUAGUAAUUUUGUACCUCAUUGGAGCAGGAUUUCAAACACUCUGGGAUUCCUAUAACUUAAUCACCAGUUUUUAGCACUUUCCCUUCAGUUGUUACUACUUAGUUGUAAGCUGAGCACUUGGCCUUAGAGUAUUGUAAUACAUUGUUUGCAACUCUUUCAUACAUAGAAUGCUGCAUUUGCAGCUUUGAUGCUGCAUAUUAACUAGAUAGAGCAAUAAUACUCUAAUUUAUGCCUUUUUAAUAUAGUUUUCAAUGCUGUGAAGCACAUUGAGCUUUGGGAUGGGUGACGGGGGGUAAAUCCCUGUAAUUAUUUUGCUAGUCUUAUUCCUCUUCACCCCCAACACUAUGAUGGAAAAGAAUUAUCUUGUAUAAUUUUACUGGGAGAAAUAAAUAUUUUGUCAAUUACCUCACGUAGAAUUUGAGCAGAUGCCAAUAUUUAAAUACUUGAUUUUUUUGCUGUAAUACUUGUGGUUUAAUUUUAUUUUAUAUAGUGAAUUUUAAAGCUUCCUGUUUUUAUAAUUUAAUAAAUGUAAUUGUACUUGAAAUCAUCCAAUCUGCAAUAGCACUUUCUGGAAUGGGAUUUUAUAUUUGUAUGUCUAAGGCAAGAAAUCAAAUAAAAAGCAAAACCAA